CUCAACAAGCGACGCCAGGAGGCCGCGCAGCACGGUAAGAAAAGCGGAAAGCAAGCAUUACAGAAUAAUGAGAAAGAAGGAAAGAGAGAACGUGCAGUGGUGGACAAAGUCUUUGUUAAGCGAAUAUGUCGAAUUGUGAAAAUAAUGGUCCCUAGAACAUUCUGUAAAGAGACAGGUUAUUUGUUACUGAUUGCUGUUAUGCUGAUACUGCGCACAUAUUGUGAUAUUUGGAUGAUUCAGAAUGGAACAGUCAUUGAAAGUGCUAUCAUUGGUCGCAGCAGAAAAGAUUUCAAGAAAUAUUUGUUCAACUUCAUCGCUGCAAUGCCUGCUAUCUCUCUGGUGAAUAACUUCCUGAAAUAUGGAUUAAAUGAACUUAAACUUUGUUUCCGAGUAAGGCUUACCAAAUACCUCUAUGAGGAAUAUCUGCAGGCUUACACAUAUUACAAAAUGGGAAAUCUGGACAACAGAAUAGCCAAUCCAGAUCAACUACUUACACAGGAUGUGGAAAAAUUCUGUAACAGUGUAGUGGACCUGUACUCAAACCUUAGCAAGCCAUUUUUGGAUAUAGUUUUGUAUAUCUUCAAGCUAACAAGUGCAAUUGGAGCUCAGGGUCCAGCAACCAUGAUGGCCUACUUGAUUGUUUCAGGGUUUUUCCUCACACGUCUGAGGAGACCCAUUGGUAAGAUGACCAUUAUUGAACAAAAAUAUGAAGGGGAGUACAGAUAUGUCAACUCACGUCUUAUCACAAAUAGUGAAGAAAUUGCUUUUUAUAAUGGGAAUGUAAGAGAAAAACAGACCAUUCAUAAAACCUUUCGUAAACUGGUGGAACAUUUGCAUAAUUUCAUCUUGUUCCGGUUCUCUAUGGGUUUCAUAGAUACCAUCAUUGCUAAAUAUCUUGCCACUGUGGUUGGUUACCUUGUUGUUAGCCGUCCAUUUCUGAAUCUAACUCAUCCUCGCCAUCAAAAUAGUAACCAUGCAGAACUAUUGGAGGAUUAUUAUCAGAGUGGAAGAAUGUUACUAAGAAUGUCUCAAGCUUUGGGCAGAAUAGUCCUAGCAGGCCGUGAAAUGACCAGAUUGGCUGGCUUCACAGCUCGAAUUACAGAAUUGAUGCAAGUAUUAAAGGAGUUGAACAGUGGCAAAUAUCAGCGUACCAUGGUAUCACAAGAAAAGGAUGCAGAUAGAACUCAAGUUAUUCCUUUGAUACCUGGUUCUGGAGAAAUCAUCAAUAUUGAUAACCUUAUCAAGUUUGAUCAUGUCCCAUUAAUAACACCAAAUGGAGACAUGUUGAUUAAAGAUCUUAACUUUGAGGUUCGAUCUGGUGCAAAUGUUCUGAUUUGUGGGCCAAAUGGAUGUGGGAAGAGUUCACUUUUCCGUGUUCUUGGUGAGUUGUGGCCUCUGUUUGGUGGGAGACUGACCAAACCUGAAAGGGGAAAGUUGUUUUAUGUUCCUCAGAGACCAUAUAUGACCCUUGGGACACUCCGAGACCAAGUAAUAUAUCCAGAUACCUUAGAUGACCAGAGGAGGAAGGGGAUAUCUGACCAGGUACUGCAGGAGUACUUGGACAAUGUCCAGUUGGGUCCAAUCCUGGAACGUGAGGGUGGCUGGGAUAGUGUUCAGGACUGGAUGGAUGUGCUCAGUGGAGGAGAAAAACAGAGAAUGGCGAUGGCAAGAUUAUUUUAUCAUAAACCACAGUUUGCAAUUUUGGAUGAAUGUACUAGUGCUGUUAGUGUCGAUGUAGAAGGAUACAUUUACAAUCACUGCCGGAAGGUUGGCAUCACGCUGUUCACAGUCUCUCAUAGAAAGUCUCUGUGGAAACACCAUGACUUUUAUCUACACAUGGAUGGGAGAGGAAAUUAUGAGUUCAAGAGAAUUACUGAAGACACCAUUGAAUUUGGAUCAUAAAAUCUAUAAAGGUGCAGUGCUACAGAGACUGAUUACAAGAAAUGUGUAGAAAGGCACAGUGCAUUGUAAAAUAAAACUACUUGGCUUGUUUUUUAAACAAAUUAGCUAGGUAUAGAAUAAUCCAAAACAAGCUAUUUAAACAUUUAUUAUUAUGUAGGAUAUUGCUAAUUGUGUAUAUGUUGGUUUAAUUAUUAAUAUGUACUAAGAAUGUCCUUAUUCUUGUGGUUAAAAACCUGCCUAAAUUAAAUUGGGCUUAAAUCAAUGUAAUCUGAUUUGUCUAGGGAUGUAAACCAUUUGAAGUCAGUUCAUCUGAUUUUUUUUUAAAUGGACCUUCCUUUCCUUCAGUGAAGAACCCAGUUAAAUUAGGGUUACUACAUUUUUUUUUUUUGUCCCUGGCCAAACAGUUGUCGGUUUGUAUCAUCUGUUAAUACUUCUGAAUUAUCCCAUGUAUUGCAGCCCUUUUUAUGGCAUGUUAUCUUGUCACACUGCUAGCUUGGGUAGACACACUUUCUGUAACUGUGUGUUAUGGUCAGUGUUUGCAUGUACACCGUUUCUGGUGUAGGUGGGCUAAACCAAGAUGGCAGGAGCCUAACUUUUUUUGCUGCUAAAAUGAUAGGCUUAUCCCACUAUGCGUAUGGAGCCUUUCCAGUGUUGGCUUAUCUAUAGAUCCCUCUGGCAGCUAUAAUAUUUCCUGUUUAGAACUGUGUUAAUGUGACAGUUCUAGGGAGCGGAGUAUGAUUUUAGUUCCCAAGGAAAUGGUGGAGGGAAGCAGAUUAAGAGACCAGUCCUCCUUUUGAAGUCCAUAGGAAUUUUACCAUUGACUUAAAUGGGAGAAAAAGAAUGGACUCAAAAUCCAUCCUUCCCUCUGAAACCUUUAUCACCUCUCCUUGGAAGUUCCAUUUCAUUGGUCAGUGGCAGACUUCUAUCUGUCCUGUAUGCUCUUAUUCCUGGGAUAAGGCUAGUGGCCAUUUUUUCCAGUCUCCCCUUUUGGCAACCUUUUCAAACUAAGGUGAACACCUAUUCAGCAGCUGUACUGUAUAGGUUUGGGUUUUAAGAUGAGCUGUGAUGGUAAUCCUCAUUUUGGGGUUUUGGUUCAUUUAUUUUGUUGCCAUGUUUGAAAUGGUACGUCUCAAAUUCUUCAGGAUGUCUCCAUUUUCCAGAGGGCUUUUUUUUUUUUUUUUUUUUUACUGUUUCUGAUCAAUUAGGCAAUUGUUCUGUAAAUUUUUAAAUUAUACAUAGCUAGUUCCCAAACAGUGUCUAUGAGCUACUAGACCUGGAUUACUGGUUAUUAUUCCAGCUGUCAAAUCUAAUGAAAAGACAGCUACAAGUACAGCUAAUGCUUUAUAUGAAAAAUAGUUCUAGUCACAGUUACUAUAGCUGCUACAUGAUUUAACAGGAUCGCAAAAAAGAUCAGGACGUAGGAGUGUGGUAGUCACUGAGAGUGUUCGGUUGUAUUCCAUGCUACCAAAAAAAAUCCUUGGUAUGCACUGAAGGUCUGAUAGCUCUUUGGUGUUGCACACAUGCUGUAACAUAGGAAUGCACGACAUGAAGGCAUGCACUGAAUAUGCAAUAAAUGUGAUCUCUGUACAUCUUUUAUUAAGGUUUUAAAUACUUAUUUUCUUUUUGUAAAAUUGAUAUGCAUAUGGGUUUACAUCUGCCUGUUUGUGAGUAGCUUAGCUGUGUGAAUACUGGAUACCAUCUUUCAUGAUAAAAUUGUUACUCUGUGUAAACACUUUCCCUCUUAUAUUGAAACCUGAAAUUUUGAGAUUGUCAUAGUCCUUGUCCAUAUCACUUACUGGUGAUCUUUCUUCACACAAGAAAUGCCAAUGACAACAUUCAGCUACCCAAUGACACAGCAGGUAAAUUUGAACAGUUACAGAGUUAAUCAAAAAAAUAUAUCUUUGAAGCCUAAUUUCAUUUAGGGAUCAGGGAAGCAAAUUGUGUGUUCAUUCCACAAGAGCUACCAUAUUUACUACAUUUUAAUUUAAAUUAAAUUUUAAACUUUCAAGUCAUAAUUUACAGUGAAGCAGCUAGUGCUGCUGUAAAUGACUGUAGUCUAUUUCUUAUUGCCCUAUAUUAUCAGGGUUUACCAUGAUUGCUUUUUUUGUGGAAUUUUUCAUCCCCAAUGCAACAUUUUUUAAAGGAAAUGAUUUAGUAGCUUUUUAAAGAGUCAAAGUAAAAAAAAAAAAUCCUUAAAUUAGGAUAUCCAUUUUUAUUUUUUUGGUUAGAGAGACAUCUUCAGUGAUGUAAAGUAGUGGAUUUAGGAUAUUUUUUAAAAAUGUGUUUUUAGUUAUGUGUUUUUUGACACUAACAAGCAAAAACCUCUCAAAACACAUUUAUAUGGCAUCCUCUGCAGCAAGACCCAGGGUGCUUUACAAUUCAAAAUGGUUACUAACAGCACUGGGUGAUAAACAUCCUCAGUUUUGCCUUAAAAACGAACACGGAUUCUGCUUCAGAACAAGGGAGGAAUAUCUCUAUCUCUGUAACAUAACAUCAGUUGAAAUUGAUGGCGCUCAUUUCCUCAUAAAACCAGGUCCUUAAAUCCUUAAACAUCUAGGUCUUGAUGUCCCAAAACCUACAUUGAGGGUAAACUAAAAAAAAUCUAGUUUAAAAAAAUGUUUUUAUUGUCAGUCUGACAAAGAAACUAAAACCCUAGUGAAGGUGAACAAAUUGUGAUUCGGUUCCAAAAUUAAGCUCUGGUGUUUGUAUUCUAGUUGCAGUCUUUUUAAUUGCUCAAGCUGGAAGUUUGAAAAUAAAGGAUAUAAUAAGUCACGCUGAGACUGAAAAUACUGAGAAGCAUCUCCAUGGCCUCAAGUAUGGAGUCUCAUGCUGGUGAUAUUUUGAAGCAGCAGUGGUGUGGUCAGAGGUGUCUGCAUUUCAAUGGUGGGGGGAAAAAAUUCCUGUAUGUGUGUAUAUUGUAAAGCGCUUUGUGGGGAAAAGGCGCUAUAUAAAUGUACAACACGAAGUGCCUUUGAAAUAAUAAAUCUAAAGAAAAAUUA